AGAGAGAGGGAGAGAUCUUGAAGAUUGAAAGCAUAAACACUUCCAGCCUAAACCGUGUGACCCCCAUUCUUUUUUGCCUCCUCUUUAUCUCAUCACACGGAGUCUCCUUGGUGUUUCUUUUCGUUUGAUCUGUCCCCGCUUCCUCAACUAAUCUCAUUAAAGUUCCUCUUCAUUCAAUGCUCCACAAUUUAUGACCCUCUCGCUUUUUCUGCAGAAUUAGGUGUCACUUGCAUGUGUGUGUGUGUGAUCUCUCAGACUCUUAGAGAGAGAGAGAGAGAGAGAGAGAGAGAGAGAGAGAGAUGCAUGACAUGGGGUUCUCGCAAGAGCGGCUUAUAUUAUACUACGGAUGAUUGAGUUAGAGUUGGAGAAGAGAAGAGGCCCAGCUAGGGUUUUUAAGAGCUUCUCAACGACCUCCCAGUGCAUUUAAGACACGCCAUUACGAUUAUGGUGUGAGUCUCCUCAUUAUAUAAGUCAGACCAGAGUGAUUCACAGCAUGUGAGAGAGAGAGAGAGAGAGAGAGAGAGAGGCAUGAUACAUUUCAAGCAACAGUCUGUCCACCAUUAUUGCUCUUCUUUAUCUCUUCACCUAUAAAUUGUCUUGCUCUCUCUUUCUCUUUACUAACUGUACGUAUCACACUCUCUCACUCACUCACUCACUCACAUACCCUCUCUCAUUAUAUCCAUCUCUGCAUCUUCUUCUCCAUCUCCCAUUUUCUUUUGUUUUGCUUUUCUUGCUUUUCAGACACACACAGUCAAUUGCACCAUACAUGUAACUAGGGUCUGAAAGUUUUCCCUAGAAAACUUGGGAUUCGUUCUCCCGGAAAGUAGCUAGCAUUUUUUCCGGGGAAGAAAAGUAAAAAGAGAGUUUUUGCUACAGAAGAAGGAAACCAGAGAGGGGGGCAGAGGGAAAAAGGACAGGAAAUGGACGUAGCGACAGCUCUACUGGUAUUAACGGCAAUAACGGCCUACCUGAUCUGGUUCACGUUCAUCUCACGGUCCCUGAAGGGCCCACGUGUCUGGCCCCUAUUGGGCAGCCUGCCGGGCCUGAUCGAGAACUGCGACCGCAUGCACGACUGGAUCGUCGACAACCUCCGGGCGUGCGGCGGCACGUACCAGACGUGCAUCUGCGCGGUGCCGUUCCUGGCCCGGAGGCAGGGCCUCGUCACCGUAACCUGCGACCCGAAGAACCUCGAGCACAUCCUCAAGGCCCGCUUCGACAACUACCCGAAGGGCCCGACGUGGCAGGCCGUGUUCCACGACCUCCUCGGCGAGGGAAUCUUCAACUCCGACGGCGACACGUGGCUGUUCCAGAGGAAGACCGCCGCGCUGGAGUUCACCACCCGGACGCUGCGCCAGGCCAUGGCCCGGUGGCUCAACCGGGUCAUCAAGCUGCGGUUCUGCCCCAUCCUGAAGUCGGCCGAGCUGGGCGCCGAGCCGGUCGAUCUGCAGGACUUGCUGCUCCGGCUCACGUUCGACAACAUAUGUGGCCUGGCUUUCGGGAAGGACCCGGGGACCUGCGCGCCGGGGCUCCCCGAGAACGGCUUCGCCUCAGCCUUCGACCGGGCCACGGAAGCCUCGCUCCAGCGGUUCAUAUUGCCCGAGGUGAUGUGGAGGUUCAAGAAGUGGCUCCGGCUAGGGAUGGAGGUCGGCUUGAGCCGCAGCCUCAUGAACAUUGAUGAGUACUUGUCCAAAGUGAUCGCCGCCCGAAAGCUCGAGCUGCUGAGCCAGCAGCAGAAGAAGGAUGAGCACCCCCAUGACGACCUGCUCUCCAGGUUCAUGAAGAAAAAGGAGUCCUACUCGGAUACGUUCCUCCAGCACGUGGCGCUGAACUUCAUCCUGGCCGGGCGCGACACGUCAUCGGUGGCGCUGAGCUGGUUCUUCUGGCUGGUCAUCCAAAAUCCAUCCGUGGAGGACAAAAUUGUUCGCGAAAUAUGCAAGGUCCUGACCGAGUCGCGCGGCGAUGACGUGGCAAGGUGGGUCGACGAGCCGCUGGGGUUCGAGGAGGUGGACAAGCUGGUGUACCUGAAGGCGGCCCUAUCGGAGACACUACGGCUCUACCCCUCGGUUCCCGAGGACUCGAAGCACGUGGUGGCGGACGACGUGUUGCCCGACGGGACUUUCGUGCCAGCUGGAUCAUCGGUCACGUAUUCAAUAUACUCAGCAGGGAGGAUGAGGACGACGUGGGGGGAGGAUUGCUUGGAGUUCCGGCCUGAGAGGUGGCUGUCGCCGGACGGCCAGAAGUUCGUCAUGCAGGAUGCAUUUAAGUUUGUGGCAUUCAAUGCAGGGCCCAGGAUUUGCCUAGGGAAGGACUUGGCUUAUCUGCAGAUGAAGUCGAUUGCGGCAGCAGUCUUGCUGAGGCACAAGCUGAGGGUGGCUUCUGGGCAUAGAGUGGUGCAGAAGAUGUCAUUGACACUGUUCAUGAAGUACGGGCUCAAAGUGGACGUGCUCAGGAGGGACUUGGUGCCAAUUUUGGAGAGCAUCAGGAGAGAGAGGAACGAGGAAGUGGGCAUCAAAUUGAAUGGUGAGUGUAAUGGUGGUGGCGACAUGGUAGCUGGGUUUGCUUAAGAAGGGGGGGUGUUAAUUGAGUUACUUUGAAUCUUUAGUUGUGGGAAUGGGCAGAUUUCAUUAAUUGGCUGGUACAGAGAGAGCUUUCGCAAUUUGAUCCCAAGGGAAGAAAAAACCUCCUCUCAUUUGGUUUCUUGAUCUC